CCAAGUUUCAGAAACAACACAACCAAUCUCUCUCUCUCUCUCUAACGUACGUGUUGUCUCUCUCUCUCUCUCUCUCUCUAUAACCAGAGAGACAGUGAUGUCACUACUCUAAGCAGAGGAAAGUAUCAACCACCAUUUCCCAGUCAUGAAUCCAUCAACGGACCCCGCAGCAGCUCUAGCUCCGCCUCCACAACCUCCACAGCCCCACCGUCUCUCAACCUCCUGCGACCGUCACCCGGAGGAGCGUUUCACCGGUUUCUGCCCUUCCUGCCUCUGCGAACGCCUCUCAGUCUUAGACCAAACCAACAACACCGCCUCCUCCUCCCGCAAACCUCCGGCCAUCUCCGCCGCGGCUUUCAAAGCCCUCUUUAAACCCUCCUCCAACGGAAACGCCAACGGUAACGGCCGGGUUAAACCCGGAUUCUUCCCGGAGCUCCGUCGCACGAAAUCCUUCUCGGCGUCGAAGAACAGCGACGGCAACGGACUCUCCGGCGCGUUUGAGCCGCAGCGGAGGUCCUGCGACGUCAGACAGAGCUCUCUCUCGAACCUGUUUAGCCAAGACGAGCAGCGAAACGUUCCGACGACUAUCUCCGGCGGCGAGGUUGACGUCGAGCCUCGGAGGUCCAGCGUCCAGGAGCCUGUCCUAGAGGUUAACGACGAAGAAGAAGCUGAAAGCGAUGACCUCGACGAGGACUACGUCGAAGCCUGCGACUUUGAGAUUAUUAACGACUUCGACGGCGAGGCUAACGGCGUUAAAAGCGAGGCUAACGGCGUUACAAGCGACGUUAACGGCGUUAGAAGCGGCGAGAUCGUUGAAGAGAGGGAGGAUGAGAUAGAGGAAGUCGAAGUCCCUGAGGAGCUGAAGCCAAUGAAGGACUACAUAGAUCUUGAUUCGCAUUCACAAACCAAGAAGCCAUCGGUACGACGUAGUUUCUGGUCAGCCGCCUCCGUUUUCAGCAAGAAGCUUUCAAAAUGGAGGCAGAACCAGAAGCUAAAGAAGCGAAACUCCGGCGACCACCGUCCUGGAUCCGCGAGGUUACCGGUGGAGAAACCGAUAGGGAGGCAGCUCCGGGACACGCAGUCGGAGAUCGCCGACUACGGUUACGGCCGGAGGUCGUGCGACACCGAUCCUAGGUUCUCGCUCGACGCCGGAAGAUUCUCUCUCGACGCCGGAAGAUUCUCCGUCGACAUCGGAAGGAUCUCGGUCGACGAUCCUCGGUACUCGUUCGACGAGCCGAGAGCUUCUUGGGACGGGUCUUUGAUCGGACGGACAGUGUUUCCGGCGGCGGCGAGACCUCCUCCGCCGCCGUCUAUGCUUUCGGUGGUGGAGGAUGCGCCGGUGCACCGUCACGUGACCCGAACGGAUAUGCAGAUUCCGGUAGAGGAACCACCUCCACCACCACCACAUGUUGUGGUUAAUAAUACAUCCAACAAUGUGUCCGACCCGGUUAUAAUACCGGGCGGGUCAAUCCAAACCCGAGACUACUACACUGACUCAUCCUCCCGAAGGCGGAAGAGUCUCGACAGGUCCAGCUCCAUAAGGAAAACCGCCGCGGCGGUUGUGGCGGAUGUGGACGAGCCAAAGCCGCCAGUAUCAUCAAUAGACACUUACUCUGGAUCACUGAGGGACAACAACUACGGUGUGGAGACGACUGAUAACGGUUUUCUCCGGGAACCGGCGAUCACCGGCGAGAGGAAGGUGAGUAGUAAUGAUAACAACAAGAAGUCGAGACGGUGGGGGAAAUGGAGCAUCUUGGGGCUUAUUUACAGGAAGAGCGUUAACAAGUACGAGGAAGAGGAGGAGGAGGAGAGGUAUAGGAGGUUAAACGGAGGAAUGGUGGAGAGAUCGUUGUCGGAAUCAUGGCCUGAGCUGAGGAACGGAGGAGGAGGAGCGGGGCCGAGGAUGGUGAGGAGUAACAGCAAUGUGAGCUGGCGGAGCUCCGGGGGUGGAAUGGGCAGGAAAGUCACCGGGUUGGAGAGGAAUAAGAGUUCAAGGUAUUCGCCUAAGAAUGGGGACAACGGAAUGUGGAAAUUUUAUUUGGCGCCGAUGAAAGGUAGCCGGAGAAUGACCGUUGGAGGAGGAGCUGGUGGUGGUGGCGGUGGUGGGUGGGGGAAUAGUCACGGCCAUUCUAUAACGAGGAAUGCUAUGAGGAUGUAUUGAUCAGCAUGUUCAUUGGGUGGUUCGGUUAAGGGGUUUAUCUCUUUGAACCGUUUGUUUUUUUGUUGUCAUUUUGCUGGUUUGGUUUAAUUUCGGUGCAAUUGGUUUACUUUAAAAUGUUAAGGGGAGGGGCAUUUCAAACGAAUGACUUGUUGACGUUGUCUAUUAUUACCGGAAUAAACCGCCUUUUAACUAUCA